CUGCUCGUUCAGAGCCUUCCACAAUGAUUUCACAGAGAUCGAUGGACAAUCAGGUGCUGCUACCACCCGGCUCGUACAUCCCAAGUGCCAUGUCAUUGCAGAUGCAGCCGCACCUUUUUCCAGCGGCAGCCUUCCACGAGGCUUCUCUGUCAGCCGUCCAUGGGAUGCCUGGAAACCUGGGAUACGCACUCAGCCAACCCCACAGCAGAAACCCAGGGAUGGAGGCCGUCUUCUUCCAGCAGGGGCCUUAUACACCCUCAUUCUUGACAUCAUCCACCCAGCCCAACUUACCACUGUCGUCACAUCCACUGGCAAACACAUCUAAUCGAGUUUACUCUGUGCGCCCGGGGAGUUGGGCCACGCCGACAGCAACCCAGAUCCAGGCACAUACACCGACCCCAGAACCACAUACAGCAGCAGACUAUCACCUCACAUCACCCCAUCAGCACCACCCAACAUUAUCUCAACAGCAACUCACCCCUAUCUCCACCUCAACGGGCGACUUCGACCUCGAUCUCGACCUCGAUCUCGAUCUGGACUUCGACCUCGAUGAGCCCCCAUCACAACCCCCAACACAGCCCCACCACGUCGCAGAUGAGAACGCCACCGCCGCCAUUCCAUGCUCCUCUUCAUCCUCACCACCACGCUCCCAGUACCCUCACAAUCACCACCACGUCCAUCGAGAUUUGACGAACUAUGGCAUUCCCAACCCCGACGGAACAUGGCGCUGUGCCUACCCAGGGUGCUCCUCACAAGCCCUCUUCCGUCGUGGCUGCGACCUCCGCAAACACUACAACCGACAUCGCAAGCACCUGUUCUGUCGCUACGAGGGUUGUCCACAGGCCGUGCGGGGUGGGUUUUCCAGCAAGAAAGACCGAGAUCGACACGAAGCGAAACAUAACCCCGAAAUUCCAUGUGAGUGGGACGGGUGUCGUCGGGUGUUCAGCCGAAUGGAUAACAUGAAGGAUCAUGUGAGAAGGAUCCAUAAGAGGCGCGACAUUUGAGAGAAUUCUCUCCCUAGGUCUCCUGUCUCUUCUUCAGUCGUCAUAUUCAACGAAGGGGGCGGGGCAGUUUCCCGUUUCGAUACAACUUCCGGAACAAAAAGCUUUCUCGCCCCCAGGGGACAAACACUUUUGAGAGGUGGGUGGAAAGUGGAGGGUCCGAACAUGCUAGAAUGGAACCAGUCAGCGACAUACAAAC